ACAGCCUCUUCGGGGCUGUCUGAAUAAAUCCCUAGAGUUUCGAUAUCCUCCUGCUAAAUAGUUCGAUCCCAUUGCAGAUCUUCUGAUUCCCAUCGUUGGUUAAGUUGGCAGAAGUUGGUUUUGAUUAGUUCAAAUGGGAGGAGGGUUUAGAGUGCUGCAUUUGGUUAGGCCAUUUCUUUCAUUUCUCCCAGAAGUUCAGACUGCUGACAGGAAGAUUCCCUUCAGGGAAAAGGUUAUAUACACAGUCAUCUCUCUCUUCAUCUUUCUUGUCUGCAGUCAGCUUCCUCUUUAUGGAAUACAUUCCACCACGGGUGCCGACCCCUUUUAUUGGAUGCGUGUCAUUCUCGCAUCAAACAGGGGGACUGUUAUGGAACUUGGUAUUACUCCAAUUGUUACCUCUGGACUAGUUAUGCAGCUCUUGGCAGGGUCAAAAAUCAUUGAGGUGGACAACAGUGUGCGGGAGGACCGCGCACUACUGAAUGGGGCUCAGAAGCUGUUGGGGAUCCUUAUAGCAGUUGGCGAAGCUGUUGCUUAUGUCUUAUCUGGGAUGUAUGGUAGCGUUGGCCAACUUGGUGUUGGGAAUGCCAUUCUUAUUAUAGUUCAGCUUUGCUUUGCUGGAAUAAUUGUUAUAUGCCUUGACGAACUUCUUCAGAAGGGAUAUGGUCUGGGUUCUGGAAUUUCACUUUUCAUAGCUACAAAUAUCUGUGAAAACAUCAUUUGGAAAGCAUUUAGCCCCACAACAAUCAACAGUGGCCGGGGAGCUGAAUUUGAAGGUGCUGUUAUUGCACUGUUUCAUCUUCUGAUUACAAGGACAGAUAAAGUUCGUGCUCUUCGUGAGGCUUUCUAUCGGCAGAACCUUCCAAAUGUAACUAAUCUGCUUGCUACAGUCUUGAUCUUCCUAAUUGUCAUUUACUUCCAAGGGUUCCGUGUGGUUUUGCCUGUGCGAUCAAAGAAUGCUCGAGGGCAACAGGGUUCAUAUCCAAUCAAGCUUUUCUACACCUCCAACAUGCCUAUCAUUCUACAAUCUGCCCUUGUCUCCAAUCUUUAUUUCAUUUCCCAGUUGCUAUACAGGAAGUACGGUGGUAAUUUCAUUGUGAACCUCUUGGGGAAGUGGAAGGAGUCUGAAUAUUCCGGUCAAUCUAUUCCUGUUGGUGGUCUUGCGUACUACGUCACAGCUCCAGCAAGCUUGGCAGAUAUGGCAGCUAAUCCUUUCCAUGCGCUGUUCUACCUUGUGUUUAUGCUGGGAGCUUGUGCACUGUUCUCAAAAACUUGGAUCGAAGUUUCUGGAUCCUCUGCUCGAGAUGUGGCUAAGCAGCUCAAAGAACAACAAAUGGUGAUGCCUGGCCACCGAGACUCCAAUUUACAGAAGGAACUGAAUCGCUACAUACCUACCGCAGCCGCCUUUGGUGGGAUGUGCAUUGGUGCAUUGACCGUCCUGGCAGACUUCAUGGGGGCAAUCGGUUCAGGGACCGGGAUAUUGCUUGCUGUUACCAUCAUUUAUCAGUACUUCGAAACAUUCGAGAAGGAGAGAGCCAGUGAACUCGGCUUCUUCGGCUUUUAGGCGUUAGCUUCUUGGUAUAACCUUUAACAGUGAGGUGGCUCUGGGGCUGGUAGGAAAAAUCUUUGUUUGUACUGGAUUCAGCACCAGGGCAGUAAUGUAAAGACUGGUCUAAGUCCAACGCCUCUCGAAAGGAAGGAAAAGAAGCAAUCGAGUAACGCCCAAUCAAGACUCGGGCUAUUUAAUUCUAGAUUGAUUGUAGUUUGGUCCUUUUUCGUUUUUCAAACUUAUUUUCCUGGGCAGAGCAUACUUUUGGGUCAGAUAAUUUUGAUGUGCCUUAUUUUUUAUUUUAUUUUAGUAUGAUGUUGAUAUCGAACAAGAAAUGUCACUCGGAUUUCAAAAUCGAGGUGAGUUGAAUUUUUUCUUAUUCGAAUGCA